AUGGACCCACAAUCCACAGAGAACGAAGAAGAAAGACUGAGACUUUAUCACUUGGAACUUUAUGACUCAAGUGAGGAUUUAGCCGUCUUUUUAGAAGAGCCCUUCCGAAGACGGGAUCUGGCGUUGCAUGAAAAGAGAGAGACGUCAGCUGGGAUAGGCGAAGAGGUCCAGAAUAGCUCCCAGAAGGAUGCGCAAGAACUGGGAAGCCCAGAGAAGGAUAAGGACACAGACAUGGAACCUGCAGCUAUUUCUGAGAGCGCAGAAGCAGGCUCUGGGUCCGGUUCAACGGCAGAUUUGGCAAAGAACGGCCACCUGAUAACGAAGACCAUGCUUACGGAGGGGGAGCCAAGCCCUGGCAAGGAUCCUCCAGACCAACACCCAGGCAACGAAAACGGUAGCGGUGGUAGAACAGUCGCUACGGACCAGCAGCCUUUCAAGCCGUACGGCCGAGGGAAAGGCGAGGAUUCGUACUGUAUCACUUGUUGCGCUCCCAUCAGAGCGCAAGAUUACCAGGGGAGCCAUCACGACGAACACGAGGUCAUUCCUCUCGUCAGCGUGGUUGAAAUCGCAAAGGGCGAGCUUCAAAAAAAUGUAUGUAAACUGGAAGAUCAGAUCGCUCACCUAGAGAAUUUUUCCAGCCACUUGGAGGAGAUUUUUAUCACCGUGGAGGAGAAUUUUGCAAAGCAGGAGCAGAACUUUGAAAGGCAUUACAAUGACGUGAUGCAGACCCUCGAGCAAAGAUAUGAAGAAAGCAUGCAGGCCUUGGGGGAAGAGAAAAAGGAGAAGCUGGAGGCCUUGUACAAGCAACUGGUCAACUGUGGAGAAAACCUUGAUACCUGUAAGGAGCUGAUGGAAGCCAUUGAGGAUCUUGGCCAAGGUGAAAAUAAACUGGAUGCAUUAAAGAGUGCAAUAGCUACCAUUUGCAGAUUGGAUGAUUUCUUGAAAAAGGAGGUGGAUGUGAAGCUCUCGACGCCGGUGGACUUUGAAGACCAAGUUAUCGAUUUCUCUGAUGCUGGAGAAUUAAUGGAUUCUGUGAGCGCAGUGCCAGCCGUUUCAUCUCCUUGCGCCCCAGUGAUGAACUCCCAGGACCCCAACUCAGCUACCGGUACCUCCGUGAGAGUCUGCUGGAGCUUUUUCUCAGAAGAUAUCGUGGAAAGCUACCAGCUGUUCUACCGACGAGUAAGCAACGGUAUAUCAAAAGAUGAGCAAGACGAGUUUAUGCUAAAUGUGAAAGAAACCUAUGCCAUGGUUACUAACCUGGCGCCUAACACACAGUAUGAAUUUUGGGUGAGAGCCCUCAACAGCGCUGGAGUCGGAUUAGCAAGCGAGAGAGCCGUUUACCUGACAGCUCCUUUGCCACCAAUUAUCAAAAGUAAGGCGGUCCGGAGCUGUGAACACGCUGCGCUGGUAAGCUGGGAAUCCGGGAACACGGAUCCUGUUGACUCUUACACCGUCGAACUGUCCAAGCUGACAGAUGGAGAGGACGGGGACACCGUUACGGAGUCCAUAGUUGGGAUCCCAAACUGUGAAUCUCUAAUUCAGCUGGAGCCAAGGACGGAAUACCUGCUGUUUGUGAAAGCCCUGAACAUGGGAGGUUCCAGCGAAAGAAGUGAGCCAGUCUCCAUCCUUAGCACUGGCACCUGCUUUACUCUGAACGAGGAGACGGCCCAUCCCUUACUGUCCGUCCUGGAAGACGGCUUUACAAUCGCUUAUCGCGAAACCGGCAGCCCGAAAAGGGAUCCGUCCUUCCACGGAAACAGUUUUACCAGGUCUAUUGCCAUACUGGGACACCCAAUACCGUUCCGAGGGAAACAUUAUUGGGAGGUGGAUGUUGAGGACAAUACUGAAUACUGCAUUGGCGUGGCUUUUGAAAAUGUGUCCAGAGACAGCCACUUGGGGUCAAGCCACUCAGGCUGGUGCAUGAGACAUACCGCCACUCCUUCCAGGCACAGCUACGAAUUUCUGAACAACGGGGUGACGCCGGACAUCAGGAUAACAGUCCCUCCCAGGAAGGUCGGCCUCCUUUUGGACUACGACAACGGGACACUGUCGUUUUUUAACACAGACACCAUGCAACACCUCUAUACCUUCCGCAGCCACUUCCAGGAUUUUGUGUGUCCCUGUUUCGCUGUAGAAAAACCCGGCAAGCUCAGAAUUCAAAACGGCCUCACCACGCCCGCCUAUACUCUUGUAUGA